AUGGAAAGUUCUCUUUUAAGGCAAAUCUUUAAGAAAAGAGAGAAAGGCCUUCCAAUUAAGAAUGAAGAAGAGGAAAUUGCCAAAAAUGUAGAAACAUUUUGCCAUGAUCCAAGCUUUUUUGAUUUGCCUCUUCAUUCAAUUGCGAGCAUUUUGAAUUACCCACAGCCAAUCAAAGCAGAGACUAUCAGGCAUAUAGUUUCAACUGUUUCCAAACGAAAUGGAUCAUCAUCUGUCAUUCUAUUGCGUUAUUUCACAAUUGCCGAUCCAACAUUUGAUAAUAUCAUUGAUAUUUUGAGCAAUAUUCGAGGAUGCCCAAUUUUCGAAAACUUAAGAAGAAUUGUAAGCAAUCAAACACAAAAUUUUGAUCAAGAUUUGGAAGAUGAAACAAAUAAAAUUGAUGAAAAUAAAGGAAUCAAGUAUAUUGAUAGCAGUAACAAACAAAAUGGAGAGAACUUGCAUGAACAAACACAAAAAAUUGAAAAUAAAAAAGAAAAUGAAGAAGAUUUUGAUUCUUUGAAUGAUGUUGAUAUCAGCAAUCGAUUGUUAGAGAAAUACGAUGACAACAUUAAGAUUAGAGGUUACAUUGAAGAUAUUGUUUUCACAGAAAACCAUCAAAACAAAAAUUUAUUAUCAAAAAUGAAAGAUCCGAUUUUCUCAGAUUAUGCAUAUCAAUGCAUUCUUUAUGCACAGAAGAUCAGACCACAUUCACUUUUAUAUCUUAAAUUUCUUCUUGAAUUGCUUCCUUUUGAUCCUCCAGAUUAUUUAUCAUUAUCUGUUGAAAAAUUCGAAAGAUCGUUCAUUCAACCAUCAAAUCCAAUUGAAAAUAAAUUAAAUCAACCAGAUAAUGAUCAAUUUGAAGAAGAAAUUUCAAAUCAUAAAAAUAAUUUAGAAGAAAAUCAAAGUUUAGAUGAAAUUGAUGAUGAAAAUAAUGAAUUUGUAAUACAAAAUGAUGAGAAUAGCGAAAAUUCAAUUGAAUCUCAAGUUAAACAAGCAAUUAAAAGUGAUGAUUUAGAAACUCUUAAGGAAAUUUUAACAAAUAAUCUAAUUGUUUCUGUUUAUUGCAAAGAAACAGAUUCCAAGAUCACUCCUCUUUGUUUAGCAGCUUUCUAUGGAUCUUCUGAAUGCUUUAGAUACUUGUAUUUGAAUAGUAAACAAGAGAUAAACGAAAGAUUAGUAAGAUAUGCAAUAAAAGGCGGAAAUUAUGACAUUUUUAACAUUUGUGCAAACAAUGGCUUUGAUUUUCAUGGUUUUGGCAAAACUGCAGCUAAAUAUCAUAGGAACGACAUUCUUUCAUGGAUACUUACUAACUAUGGAUUUGAAAAAGUUCCUCCAAGUACUUGUAUAAGUUCAUGUAACACUCCUGCUUUGUUUUACUUUUUAAAGAAAUUAGGCGUUGAUUAUACUGAUAAAUAUGGUGAAAAUUGUUUUACGAAAUGCUGCUCAAGAGGUGAAAUAGAUAUUGUUGAUUAUUUAUAUUCAAAGAAAGCGAACAUUGAAUAUAGAAACUCAUCAGGGCAAACAGGCCUUUCCAUUGCAAGUGAAAAUGGUCAUAUUGAAAUCAUUAAUUACUUGAUAGAAAAUGGAGCAAAUUUAGAAAAUAAAGAUAAUUAUGGAAGAACUCCUUUAAUAGUUGCAAGUGAGAAUGGUCAAGUACAUUCUAUAUUGGCAUUACUUGAAAAUGGUGCUGAUAUAGAAGCACAAACUAUUACUGGAAUUACUCCUUUAAUUAGUGCUGUAAUUAGAAAUAAAAAAGAAGCGGUAAAAGUGUUGAUUGAACAUGGCGCUGACCCUAAUAAGACUGAUAACAUAGGUAAGUCAUCAUUGGUAAGAGCAAAAGAUCCAGAAAUUCUGGAAAUUCUCAAAUCAAAAUUAAAUCCUUAG